AUGGUUUAUUUCUUGUUGUUAGAUCGAAAAAGACGUAGACCAGCUCAUGAGGAUGAAACUGAGGUUAUCCUUCGUGGCUCUAAUCUUAGUCAUGAUCCACCACGAAAACGUACCGAUUCUUCUAGACUUUCUAGAUAUCCAUUUGGUUCAAUCAGUGAAGGAUCUCCGAUCAACCCUCGAAAAACAUACGGGCGAUACAGCCGAGAUAGGCACUGCUCACUUGGUGGAUCGCCAAAUGGUUCAGCGCGCUCAUCACCACGUGAGUCGAUCAGUGGUGGUAUUGGCCCCCCAUCUUCACGACAAAUCUGUAGUGCUAUUUCACAAGUCGAAGACCAUGGAAGAAUUUCGGCGCGAACUAGCAACUAUCACUAUUAUACCCAACCAGUUGAUCCGGAAGCAUUAGCUGCUGCGGCAAGACGAGUGCGCACCAGUAUCGAUGAUAAGCAUCUCCAAAGGAAUCCUCGGCGUUCACAUGCUGGUUCAAAUAUGAUGCCUGAAACAAGGAUGAGUUCAAGUUCGAGUAUGGGUUCUGCAAAUACAUCCACAAACAGUUUGAGUAGCACAAUUAGUACGUCAAGACCAUGGCGGCGAUUAUCGAAUAUUAAAAAUUCUCUGUUGGGGACACCACGGUUUCAUCGUAGGAAAAUGAGCAGUGGAAGUAGCGGAACUGGAGAGAGUGACUCUGAAGAAAAUCAAAUGUUGGAAUCCUCCGAUCUGGUAAAGAAAUCAUGGUUUGGAUCCCUUGCAUCGAGCGUAAGUGUUGAGCGGAAUGAUGUCCAAAUAAUACCGGCUCAUGGGAAAACAGUGAAUGCCAUCAAAGCCGAACUUAUACGCGCUUUUCUAACGAUCCAUGAACUUAGCCAUUCUGUUGUUGGUCAGAAUUCAUUUCGUGUUGAGUAUAAGCGUGGACCAACUGCUGGUGGUAGUGUUUUUUCGAGAGGUGUGAAAAUGCAGGUAGAUAUUGUCCAGCCAGCCCACAGAACAGCGUCAAAUGAGGAAACCCCUAUGUAUGUAGUGCAGUUUGCUCUCCUUGCUGGUCCAGUCAGACGGUUCAGGAGACUUGUUGAUCAUCUCACAGCUAUUUUACAAGCAUCCCAACAAAGGUCUGACAGAAGCAUAGCACUAAUGGUGCGUCCCAGGAGGCUUUCUGAUUCUAGUGUUAGUAGCGCAUGUUCCGAUUCAGAUUCUAAUACAACUACAACGAUUCCACACGUCAGAAGUCAGACCGCGGAAAGAGUUGAGAAAAAUUCCACGCUUGAUACGUAUAAUUUACUCUCAGCAAAUGAUUUACGACAUGCACAACCAUCCAGCAAUGAUUUAACUUAUCAAAGAUCUCGAAGAAACGUCUUGGCAGCUUAUCUGAAAUCGCCAGUGCCACGUAGGCGAAAUCCGUCGUUGAUAUUAAAUGAAAGUGGAACCCAUGUGAUAACAGGGUUAGGAUCUGCCAGUGGAAAAGCACGCAAAGGAUCAUCCGGUACAGGAGUUACAGCUCCAGGAGUUCCAAGCGAACAUAAUGCGUCCGCUCGAAGUAUGCUUGCAUGCAGUGCUUCCGUUGAUGAGCGUUCACCUGCAAGUGCGCGUAAUAUCGAAAGCCGAUCUCAACCCGGUACACCAAAACAGCCGCUGACACCAUCAUGUCGACAGCGAACUUCGCAAAUUCCUAUUCUCAAGUCUGACAACCUUUGAUGUGCAUAUGUUUAUUUGAUUCUCUUCUGUGCUCAUUUGGUAAUGCAAGUAUGUAUUUGUUUACUGGUGUACAUUUGAGAAUGAACGUUGCAAACCCUUUCCGGUCCUGCCGUAAUUACGGAAUGAG